AUACACUCGGCACAUUGAAACUUUGUAAAAGUAAAAGGCCUUUAAUAAACCAGUUGUUAAAUAAGAAAAAAUGUUCUUUUCGAGAAAAAUCAUACUUUCAUACAUGUAGCGUUCCCCUGCGACAACUUUAUGUUGCAUAACAUAUCCCGAGUCCCGACCCGAUGUACCGCAAUCUAAACAAACAAACGUGCUCAUAAAUUUAUAUGCCGGGUUUUCUUCGAAACAUGGCUAGACCAAUUUCAUUCGUUACGGGAAACGCCAAGAAGCUGGAGGAAGUUCGAGCAAUCUUGGGAUCGAAAUUUCCCCGGGAAAUCUCCGCCGUCAAGCUAGAUCUACCGGAGUUGCAGGGAGAAGUCGACGAGAUUUGUAAGAAAAAGUGCCAGGAAGCAGCACGCCUCGUCAAAGGACCGGUUAUCGUUGAAGAUACAUGCCUCUGUUUCAAUGCGCUAAAAGGAUUACCAGGACCGUACAUCAAAUGGUUCCUUGAGAAACUGGGCCCAGAGGGGUUGCACAAGCUGCUCGAUGGUUGGGAUGACAAAUCGGCCCAAGCCGUUUGCACCUUUGCUUAUGCGCCCGAUGAAAACGGUGAGGUGAUUCUGUUCCAAGGUCGUACGGAUGGAAAGAUUGUUUUUCCCCGAGGAUGUCGUGAUUUCGGUUGGGACCCAAUUUUUCAACCGGACGGAUAUGAUAAAACUUACGCCGAGCUACCCAAGGAUAAGAAAAAUGAAAUUUCGCAUCGUUUCAGAGCGCUAGAUAAGCUAAGAGAUUUCUUUACUAAAGAAUAAAAUAGAAUAUUUGUAAAUUUCAUUGUAAAUUAUAUUAGUCUCUUUAAAUAUAAU